GCUGAAUCGUCAUCGUUGUCCUAUUUUGAGAAAAAAAGAUCUCACAGUGUUUUUGUAUGUUAUUUAUCAUAGAAAACAUUAAAAGAAAACAGUUGUCACAUCUGCAAUACCAUUAAAAGCAGCCCAGCAGCGCCGACCACUGAAACAAUAGCAAGAGCAACGAGGAGGGCUGACAAAGAACUCAGAAAACCAAACAACUGCCCCUGCCCCGAUUUUGUGAAUCACCAACGGAAUUAUGGAACAAACACAGAUUACAGAUGCAGAAAAGGUGCGCAUCGUGUCCGACUUCAUUCUGCACGCUCCGCCCGGCGAGUUCAACGAAGUGUUCAACGAUGUGCGCGAGCUCCUAAAGAACGACGCUCUGCUGAAGGACGGUGCCAGCCACGCCUUCUCACAGUACAACAAGGACCAGCUGACACCGGUGCGCAUCGAGAACAGCAACCACAGCGCCAUCAUAUCGGAGUUUAACGAUUUGGGCAACGGUCGCUUCUAUGAUCCACGCACAAAUAAGGCCUUCAAAUACGACCACCUACGAAAAGAGGCGUCCGACUAUCAGGAUGUCGAUGCAGAUGCCAAUUCGGAGCCCUGGAGGGCUGCCCUGGAUCUGGAGACGCUUGCAUACACUGCCAGUCACUAUAGGCACGGGGUCAGCUCCGUUUUUGGAAAGUCGCAGGGCAACCAGAUUACGUUAACCAUUUGCAUUGAGGACCACCAGUUCCAGCCGAAGAACUACUGGAACGGCCGGUGGCGUUCGCAGUGGCACGUCACCUUCCAGGCGGGCAGUGGAUUGGCCGAGCUGAAGGGCGUGUUGAAGGUGCAGGUGCACUACUACGAGGACGGCAACGUGCAGCUGGUGUCCUCCAAGGAGUGCCGGGAGAGUGUUGUGAUCUCCAACGAGCAGCAGAUGGCCAAGGAGGUGAUGCGGCUCAUCGAGGAGGCCGAGAACGAGUACCAGUUGGCCAUUUCGGAGAAUUAUCAAACGAUGUCGGACACGACUUUCAAGGCAAUGCGCCGCCAGCUGCCCAUAACUAGGACCAAGAUCGACUGGAGCAAAAUCGUCUCUUACAGCAUUGGCAAGGAGCUAAAAACGCAAUAAGACCAGGAGCUGCAAGCGGAAGCGGAACCGGAGGGGACACAGCAGUCGACAAAGCGGCCCAACAGUCUUCCACUUGCAAUGGCCAAGCGAGAUAUGUAACUGAAACAGCAGCAUUCAAAAUUACACAGAAGGAACAGGAUCACGAAUACAAGUUUAAACUAAAUGUCUGUAAUUUGCCUAUAAACAUACAUACAUACAUACAUAUGCAAACAUAUAUACAACGUGUAUUUACAAUGUGUUAUAUACUAUAACUAACGAUGAAUGCACUGCCCUGCACAUGCAAAGCUACAUUUAAUUAUGAUCAGAUAUGAUUCAAUUGAAUGCAUUUGGACAAUGAAUGAUGCGCUGUUGCCCCCCAGUCACACUCGCCACCAAAUGUCGCCUUUAUCGUUUAAGAUUGAGCAUUAAACGCGGUUUUUAUCAUGUA